CCACCCCGAGCCGGCCCAAAAAUGCUACCUCGAAACCCUAGUGGUCGCCCCCAAACCCACCUAUAAAUUCCCACCCGACGCCGCCUCCCCCCAAACCCUAGAAGUCCCCUGCCUCCUGCGCCUCCACUCUUCAGAGAUCUCGAUCCGCAGUUGUGAGAAGCCCGCCACCAUGUCGUCCAGCGAGGUCGCCUGCACCCUUGCCGCCCUCAUCCUCCACGACGACAACAUCCCCAUCACCGCCGAGAAGAUCGCGACCGUGGUCAAGGCUUCCGGCAUCAAGGUCGAGGCCUACUGGCCGGCGCUCUUCGCCAAGCUUCUGGAGAAGCGCAGCGUCGACGACCUGAUCCUCUCCGUCGGAUCUGGUGGAGGCGGUGCUCCUGCUGCUGCCGCCGCUGCCCCAGCUGCUGGUGGUGCUGCUGCCGCAGAGGAGAAAAAGGAAGAGAAGAAGGAAGAGGCCAAGGAGGAGUCUGAUGAUGACAUGGGCUUCAGCUUGUUCGACUAAGCAGUCCUGAGCCCCAUUUACUUAGUGAAAUCGCCUAUGCUUGCCAAGAUUAUCUUAUGUUAUGCCUUCUAGCAACAAGUACAAGUUUUGAGGUUUUGAUGUGACUGUUGAUGUUGAUUUAGUAUCUGCGCAGCGAGUACUGUGAACCUCUCUGGAUGUUUCUAUUAGAAUGAAACUGUUUCUACAUUCUAUUUCUACUUGUUUGUGAAGCCCGUUUUAUUAA